AAGAUGUCUGCAAAGUGGAGUAAAUUGGGUGUCUUUACUACGUGAUUUUUAUGGGAUUUUGGCAUGGAACAGACGCUUGGUUUGGACGCUGUUUAAGAUCGAUGUAUCUUGCAGGGAACUUUUAUCUUUUAUGGAGAAAAUAAUUACAGUCAAGCAAGAACCAAUUGAUGAUGCAUACCCAACACCACCAUCAACCACAGUGACGGCAACAUCAACAAUCAGUACUACAACAACAGCUCAAAAUGUAACAACUAAAGUUACUACUGUAGCAACGCUGUCCACAGGAACCGCAACAACAGUGGCAGCGACUGCAAUAACUGCAUCACCUGAAACUCAGAUAUUCUUUAUACAACAGCCUAAACCAGAAGCUCAAAAACCACAAUGUACAGGAACAGGUACACAAGGUACUUCUGUAGCAACAGCGACAGCCAGGACAGUGACAACAGGUGCGCAGUCAAAACCACCUUUAGUUGUCAUCUCAGGUAGCCCCAUCAAGUUGACUCCCUUGUCAAGGACAGGUGCUGCUUUGACAAGUGGGCAGGCAAACUCUGGUGCAGCAGGCAAUAUUACAUGUACUUUAGUUCAUGUGCAACCAUUUAAUGCUGCAGCCAAGCAGCACAUUGCACCCAAAUCUGGUGGCUCUCCAAACAAACAAACUCUUCCAGUGCAGCUUCAAAAAUUGGUUCCCAUAAGUGUUGCAACUACAAGUCUUGGAAAGAUUCAAACAGGAACAGCACCUCAGUUCACCGUAGCUACCCCUGCCGGACCUGUCUCCAAUGUGCGGCACAUCGCUCCUAAAGUCAAUAUUGUGUCAGCAGCUGUUCCUAGUGGUCAGGCUGUUCAAUUAACAACACCUACAAUCCAGGUCAGGAACAUUGCCCCUGCUGAGAAGACAGCUCAAGUGCCUCAACAGCUGGCACCAAAGCCUGUCCAAGCUCAAGCAUCAAGUGGAGCUCCGCAGCCAAGACUUAUUGUGCCAGCAUUGCCUUCUAGCUUACCACAAAUGACUGGUGCAGGGGCCACGGGGAACAUUCAAUUUCCCCAUGGUGUAAUAAGUGGAGGGGUGGUCUAUCUUCCUCAGCAAGCUCUGACCUCUGGGGGUUUUCCUAUCGCAGUACCAUUGCAGGCGAAUGCAUUAAAUACAGGACCACAAGGAGGAAUGACUGUUAAUGGGAGUUCUCCUGAAUCCUCACCACCAAACAGACCUCGCAAGCCCUGUAACUGCACCAAAUCACAGUGUCUUAAACUGUACUGUGACUGUUUUGCCAAUGGUGAAUUUUGUAGCAAUUGUAAUUGUGUCAAUUGUUCUAAUAACAUGGAGCAUGAAAAGGAGAGGAGCAAGGCAAUCAAGGCUUGUUUGGAGAGAAAUCCUCAAGCUUUUCACCCAAAAAUUGGAAAAGGAAAAGCGCUUGAUUCAUUUAUCCUACUGUCUUUAACAGGUUGCCAUUGUAAGCGUUCAGGAUGCCUAAAAAACUACUGUGAAUGCUAUGAGGCCAAGAUUUUAUGUACAAAUCUUUGUAAAUGCACAGGAUGCAAGAAUUUUGAAGAAAGUCCUGAGAGGAAAACCUUAAUGCACUUAGCAGAUGCCGCAGAGGUUCGUGUAAAGCAACAGAAUGCUGCCAGAACUAAACUGGAGUCUCAAAUAGAAGACCUGCCAUCCCGACCAACCUUCUUGUCCAGCUCUGGAGAGAGACUUCCUUUCUCGUUCGUGACAGACGAAGUAGUGCAAGCCACUUGUCAGUGUCUGUUGGCUCAAGCCUCAGAGGCGGAAAGUGUGGGAAAGUCUCAGGCAGUGACCGAAAAGAUGAUUCUUGAAGAAUUUGGACGGUGCUUACUACAGAUCAUUCAUACAGCCAAUGGAACUAAAGAAUGAUUCCUUCACUUGACGGUGCGGUGUUUUCAGGGUGCGGAGAUUACACGUAACUUAUCAUCCCUAAUCGGAUUUUUAUCGCGCUGUUCCGUCCCGUGGAAACUGGACGGCGUCUUCGUAAUUUUUAUCUCGUAGUAAAAGUAGUGUAAAUAGAAGUUUGAAAACGUUUUUCGCCUGUUUACUAUUUUGAACGCUCAGUGUGUAAAUAUCAUGCUGCGUCGAAUAAGUUAGUUAUUCUCGUCCGUUCGCGUGCUUUCCGAAGGACACCCGAGGGACACCCGCGGAUACGGGACAUACAGGGAAACGUCCGGGACGUUGUCGAAUUUUUAAGACGGACCUUACGCAAACCACGAGGGCAACGGCAACGAGAACAUCGCCAAACAAAAUGCUUAAUGAGCAGAGUGCACUAUGUACCUCUGUAAUUGCCGUCUUCUACAAAACAGCGUCAGGAAAUGUCCACGUUCCGAGUAUUUUGGAGAACGUGAACCAUUACGGCUUUCUAUUAUUGAGCCUGUGGAAGCUAUUGUUCUGCCUACAAACCGUGUAAACAACUGAAAAAUUCUUAAGCGAAAUAUGAAUACAUUUUCUAAUAGGCGUUGUACUCGGUGUCGCCGUCGUCACUGCGUAAGAUUAUAGAUAUACAUGUAUUAGUAAUAGUAACUGUGGUAACAGCAGAACUUCCUAUACGUGUCUAAACUCAAAUCACUAUUUGACAGUUCUUAUCCGUGAAUAAAGUCCAUUGAUGGGCAUGGCGAGAAAUACGUUC